AUGGCCCUCUCUCUUCUCCUCGUGAUCCUCAUCGCAUUCACGCCCAUGCUCCCACCUGAUCCUGGGCAACCAUCUAAUUCCUCCCGCUGUGUCUCUCCACCUACUGACACCUCCUUUUUUCUUGCUCCCACCCCCAAUCUACCCCGACUCUCUCGCCCUUUCCAAACUCCCUUAGACCAUCUCCAAGAGGCUUUGCAAUGCCACGCACGACACCCAAUCUCACCAUCGCUGCCCAGGCCAGAGGUCCCACAGAUCGUGAUCAAGCAGGAGGAAGUGCCGACACGUUUAGAGGACAUUGGAGAACCGGGAUACUUCAUUCAGAUGCAACAGCGUGUGAAGACCAGCACGCCGCCUGGAGCGCGGUUGUUGCGCGAAGACGCGGAUGAGGAGGCCACACCGCGUGAACAACGCUCUCGUGAGGCACGAGGCACGGACACUGCCCCAACCACCCCGACUCGCCUGCGCACGGUAAUCAAACCAACUGGUAAAAGCACCAGCAUCAGCCACAGGGCCCAGGCACGCCAUGCACAGCUCAUGCUGCCCCCAAACCCCGAGCGUGAGGGCGAUGCGAUGGCUGCCGCUCCCAAAACCACCAGCCUCCAUUCUAUGGAGUUGCGGAACACUACGCCCCAAGUGCAAGAGAAGUGCGCCCCUACCGCAACCAUCUGCGGUGAGCAAGAGGAUCCCUCUUCUGCCCCAAUGUCCUCCGAGCCUCCCGCCCAUCCCGGAGGGUCCAUCGCGCAUGCAGGAGGCUCCCAGCCCAUGCACUAUGUGCCAACACCACACACACUACGUGAAGACAUGCUGCUGUACCCAUACCACGCAGCACCCUUUGCCCCCACACAUUAUGGUGCUGCCGCACUCGACCCCCACAACCUGAACAUGUACUACCACCCGUCUCCGUACCAGAACCUGGCGGCACCGCUGCGCUCGCGAGCCCCAUCCAGUGUCUCACAUGCAGACCAUGCAGGACCCUCUGCAGAGCCCCUUGCACCUCCCUCCAAAGUGGCAUCAACAUCCUCACGGGUCGCACCUAUAGCCCCGCGCUCACGGGCGUCCUCCAAUGUGUCGCAUAUCCAUCCCACUGAUCCCGCUGACCCUCUGCGCUACAAAAGUGGCGGAUCCCAGCCCCUACUUCCACAACGGCAAGCCCUUCCUCACAGACCCUUAACACCCCCUCCUAGCGACAGCCAGCCCUCUAAGAGGGCCCUUGAGCCCACACCCAAGGUGACGAGUACGCAGAAGGACCCAUCCACGGAUGUGCCUAGCACACAGCAAGCAGGCACCGUGGACAAUGCAGCGGCAAGUGCUGCCGGUUCCCCUAUGGAUGAGUCUGGCGACAAUGCGGUGCAUGACACCUCCCAUGAUGGCAGCCUGGAGUGGGAUGAGGUGCCUGGCAUGUCGUAUGAAGAGGCCGCAGAGGCUGAAGAGCAAGCCCUACAAGAGCAAGCUGACAAUGACGUGUUCGGCACCCCAGGGCGACUCUUGGACAACGUGCGCCAGAUCCUGCAGAUAGGGUUUGCCAACAUGAAUACCAUCGUGGAGCAAGUCAGCAAGGACUCUGGGCUACCAGCGGCGCGUGUCCAGGCGAUGUUCGAACAACAUCACGCCCGCAUGAACACCGCCCACAACCACUGGAACAUCUAUGACCACUACUUCAAGAUGAAUCAGGCGCAAGAAUGCGAGCGUCUCGGCCUAGAUGCUCCUUUGGCAGAUACCGUCGAAAUCCGCUCCAAGACGUACGCGCUAUUCAAAGAAGUGCACGCCGACAUCUGGUGCGACAUCCUCGAGACCUUCGAGGAGGUCGAAGUGUGGGCGGCGAAUCACACUGUUGGCCAGCGCAAGCGCGACUUUGCGAAGGCAGUCGCCAAGAUGAGGCAGCUCUGCGACAACCUCGCACUACGAUACGACUUCUCCACAGCAUUCCUGAUGGCAGGCAAUCUUGUCAAUACGGACACGGGCCUGGCGCAGCUCUAUGAGACUGCGACGGCAAAAAAUUUUCUGAGCACCUAUCUGCGGGGCAACGAAGACACAUCCCUCGCACACUUCAAUCAUCAAACAUCCAUGGGCAUCCUCAACGAGGCGAGCGAGAACGGCAAUGAGGACGUGGGUGGACAGAGCAAGCCCAGUGGCCCCGCCAUUGCAGCAUCAUGCCAGCAAGGCGGCACACCUUCAAAACAACAUGCCGGACCAUCCGAGCAGGCCGCUGGACCAUCCAAGGCAUCCACGCAGGUCCCAGGACCAUCGAAGCAGGCUGGUGUGUCCUUCAACGAGGGCACCAUCAAGUCACAAAAGGACUUAGACAGGUGCAAGUUCGGCCUCGAGUUCCUGCACCCAGAUUGGAGGAAGAAGCUCUCAUCGACAGACAAGGUGGGCGUCAUCAGGUUCAAUGUGAGGGAGAUGGAAGUGGCCGCCGGUGGCCCUUGGGAGUGCAAGUAUAACAACCUGUUCCCUUGGAACCGCCAUGCUGGGCUCUUGGUUACUCAAGUGCUUGUGUGGAAGAACUACCCUGACGACGUGUGCUGGCCAGGCAAGGAAAAAACCGGUGGCUGCAACAAGGCCAAAGGGAUUGCGGAGCUGUCCAUGCCGGAACUCGACCGAAUGAUCGAGGGCCUGGUGGACAGGGACUACCCUUUCGAGUUCGAGAGGGUCGACAAGGAAGCCCUGAAGAAGAACAAGCUGCCGGUCAUCAUCUGCGCACCCCCGGCACACGACGCCACGUUCAAGCGGGCGCGCCGCUACUUCGCCAACGGGACAAGCGACCGCAAGGGACCCCCGAGGCGUGAGGCACCUGCCUCGUCAGGAGAGCACGGUGAGAGCUCGUCGCCGGAUACCGAUGAGCUGAGCAAGGACACAGCCUCGGCGGCGUUGUCACCCGUGCAGGCGCCUCCGCCCAAGGCCUCUCUAACGAGGUCGAGGGUCGUUGAGGUCGUGAUCCACAAGUCGAGGACGAGCCAGCCGACCACCGCAUCCAAGUUGAUCAAUGUGGACGACAGCGAGGAUGACGAUGCCCCGGUGAAGCCGCAAGCGGACAAGCGGAAAGCCAUCAAUGUCGAGGACUCCGAGGACUCCGAGGAUGAGGACGCCUACCAGCCUUCAGAGGGGACCCCCACCCCGGUGAAGCCACGAGGGGCCAAGCAGAAGGCGCUCCGCAAUGGGUCCGACACCGAGGACGAGCCCGAGGACGGCACCAAGAAGGAGCCAAGCAAGGGCAAGGGUCCCAGCAAAGGCAAGGCCCCUGCACAAAGCACCAAGCGGAGCAAGGCGAGCGCAGGCGGGAGCGAUGUCGAGCAGCAGUCGACCCCUUGCAUGCCCAAAAAGCCCAUGGCUAGGGCACAGACAGCCAAGCGCCCCGCACCACGCCCGGUGCAUGCAGGGGCCCAAAUGUGCGGUGGGGCUAUGGAUACCACCACAAAUGAGCAGUGCGACACGUCCACAGAAGCUCCCGCCCAGCGUCAGCGCCCCGCCCGGCAUCUGCAUGAAGACGAAAGCUCACCAGAGCACGCGCCCCCCAAGCGCCGCCAUCACCCCGCCACCACAGAAGGUGCCCCCACAGAGGUCACCCACAACCAAGAGCAUCGCUGGGAGGCUCCCGCCCAGCAUGACAAGGACACCCCAGCCGAGCUCCACCGCCCACAGGAGGGACGCAGCAAGCCAGAGGCAGGCUUAUAUACAGGGGAAGUUAAGGGCAGGCUGUGCACGUUGGUCCGUGCGCAAUGGGUCCGUGCACCGCAGACUGUCGCGGCCCCGGGGGCCGUAGAUAGUGACGCGUCCAUAUCAGGAGAGGAUAAGGGCAGGCUGUAUGCACUGGUCCGUGCACAGCUGGUUCGUGCACAGCAUGCUGACGCGGCCCGGGGGGCUGCUAGGCACAGGACACAUCAGAUCGGCCCGCUCGACACCGCGGGCCCCAAAAUCUAA